AUGAGUGAAAAUGCAACUUCGAGUAGUAGCAACAGUGGAAAUGCAACUUCGAGUAGUAGCAUCAGUGGUUUGCCAUCUAUAGAAAAACUGGAUGGUAAUUCCAAUUACGCAACAUGGAAGUUUAUGAUGGAACUGUAUUUGGUCCACGAGGAUUUGUGGGAAUACACGAGUGCUACUCCUGCAGCCACCGACGUUUCAGGUACGAAACGGGACCAAAGAGCGCGUGCAAAGAUUUGUCUUAUGGUCCGACCCCAUUGUCUAGUGCAUGUCCGUAAAGCAAAAUCAGCUAAGGAAGCUUGGGAAGCAUUAAAGAAUGCAUUUGAAGACAAAGGUCUGAACAAUCGCUGCCGCCUAUUGUCAAAGCUAGUGAGCUUGAGGCUGGAACAAUUCUCGUCGGUUCGAGAUUAUGUGACAUCUGUCAUGGCGACGUCACAAGAGCUGUUAGAUUUAGGGAAGGAGAUUGAUGAUCAGCUACUAGCAGCUUUACUUCUUCAAGGCCUUACCCCAGAGUUUCAACCGAUGAGGUUGGCCAUAGAGAACAGCAACAUUAGUUUAACUACCGAUUAUGUGAAAACCAAGCUGUUUCAAAUGGAAGAUACCUUCGCAGCAGGCUCCAGCGAGAAGCAACCAACAUCUGCGCUGCUAACAAAGAAGCAUAAGGGCAAGAGUGCACCUAAAUGGAAGACCAAAGGAAAGGUCAAAUGCUUCAUUUGUGAAGGACCUCAUAAGGCACAGGAAUGUCCAGAGAAUCCGAAAACGAGGAAGGAGGCACUGCAAGCCUAUGCGUUUGGUACAGCGAUGAAUCCACACGCAGAUGACUGGAUCAUAGACUCGGGAGCGUCUUCAAAUAUGACUCAUCGGAAAUCUUGGUUCAAAAACUUAAAAGACUCUAAGAAACCCUUGAGAGUGACAUGUGCAAAUGGUAAUGAGGUACUUGGUGAAAGUGAAAGUACGGUAGUUUGUGAAUCUAUAGAUUUGACUAUAAGCAAUGUAACUUAUGUCCCUGAAUUAGCCUCUAAUUUAUUGAGUGUGAAUGCUAUCGCGAAAAAGGGACACGUGGUGGUAUUUACUGAAAAAGGGUGUGACAUCUUUAAGAGUGAUGAAUGCGAGAUUAGAGGUAAGGCUGUAGUGAAAGGUGUGGAAGAACGAGGCAUUUAUAAAAUAAAGUGCUGUUCACAGGGUUCUGCGCUUUCAUCUGCAACUGCAAGUGACCAGCUGAUGCAGUGGCAUCGGAGGAUGGGGCAUCUUGGUAUGAAAAACCUCAAAUUACUCAGAGAUAAGAUGGCAACAGGGUUUAAAGAGUUUGCUGAGAAUCAAAGUGGGAAGAAACUGAAGAUCCUUCGCACAGAUAACGGCACAGAGUUUGUCAAUAAACAGAUGGACAACUACUUGAAAAAGUUCGGGAUACAGCAUCAACUGACAGUUGACUACACGCCAGAACAAAAUGGCGUCGCCGAGCGGGCAAACAGGACGAUAUGCGAAAAAGCAAGAAGCAUGCUGCAUGACUCCGGUUUGGCUAAACGUUUUUGGGCAGAAGCAGUCCACCAUGCCGUUUUCUUAAAAAAACAGGUCACCAACGCUAGCGGUGAAGAAUAUGACACCUGA